UUGUUUAGACAACACCUUCCUCGGAAAAUAACUAGUAACGAAUUCUGCCAGUUAUCAGAUUCAAAAAGAUAUAUAUAUAUAUAUAUAUUUAUCAAGCUUGAUAUUAUUUAAUUAGCUAUAAAUAUUAAAUUCCGAUUUCAGUACGUUUUAUUUUGGCUGUGGGAGAAAAAAGAGGUAAGACGAUGCAACCUAAAAUUUUCGAUUUAUGCAUUAUCGGCGCUGGCAUGUAUGGAUCUGCAGCUGCCAGGCAUGCAUCGGCUCAUUCAGCAGUGAAAGUCUGCUUAAUCGGGCCCAGUGAACCUAAAGAAGAUGAGAGGGAAACUCGAGACAUUCUGAGUUCUCACUACGACGAAGGAAGAAUUGUUCACAUAGCGUACGCAAGUCCCGUGAUGCAGGUAUUGGUACGAAACACAAUAAAGAGAUUCCGAGAAAUCGAGAAAUUAUCGGGUAUUAAUAUUUUCUCUCCCGUUGGCACCAUCUUUACAGCAGAGCGAGAUACAAGUUUUUUCUAUAAAUUAUUGCAAGGAUUUGAAAUGCACGAUGUAAAUUACAUUGACCUUUCUAAAGAAGAUAUUAUGAAACAAAGAUUUCCAUACCUGAAGCUAGAAGACUGUGAUCAUCCGUUAUUCGCCGAUGACAGAGCCGGAUACAUCAAAGCCAGAGGCAUGGUAGAGGCCCAAAAGAAAAUAGCACACUUGCAGGGAUGCCACAUUGUGGACGAUGUGGCGGAAGAAGUGAAGGAUUUUAAAGACGGAGCACACCAGAUAAUAACGAAGAAAGGGCAUGUACUAAAAGCAAAGAAAAUCCUAUUCUGCACCGGUGCAUUUACUGCAUUCAAGAAGUUUGAUCCUUUGAAGAAGAAAUUAAAAAUUCAAGUGAAGAGAGAAACAGCUGUCAUGAUGAGGAUAUCGGAAGGAGAAAAGAACAGAUUAGGUUCUAUGCCAACCCUGAUGAUGUACAGGGGUAACUUAGCUGAUAUGCCGGCUGCUGCAAAAGGCGCUUACAUCCUACCACCGAUUAGGUAUCCUGAUGGUCACUGGUAUUUGAAAAUUGGUCACAUGGGUAUACAGAGAAAUUCAGAAUUGAAUACACUGGAGGAAAUCAAGGAAUGGUAUAAGAGUGACGGAGAUCAAGAAGUGCUCGACAAAUACUCAAAGUUCCUCAUCGGUAUUAUUCCAGGUCUUAAGGUAGAGGAGGUGAAAGGUAAGACCUGCGUUACUUGUGACAGCCCCAGUGACCUUCCUUACAUAGAUCGGGUUUCACCCACUGUAACCGUAGCCGUGGUGGGAAACGGCAGAGGAGCUACGAUAUGUGAUGAAGUUGGCAGAAUUGCAGCUGAUCUCAGCCUAACUGGGAAAUGGAAUUCUGAAUUACCACAGAAAUUAUUUGAAGCAAUAUUUAUUUAAAUAUAAUUUUCAACUAACUUUUGCUGUAAACUGUUAAAUGAUUGAAUUAGAAUGAAGCUUUAUUUUUGUAUUUAUAAAUGUUCGUUUUAAAAUUAAA